AUGCGCGGUAUUGGACGGAAAAGAUGGUCCCUAAGCUUCUCCCGGCCUUCCUUCCCGCUGCAGACACUCCAACAGUUUAAUUCCUUUCGUCUCGGACACAGUUCCCGUUCUGCACCAAGCCCUUGCGUGGGUAGUAGUAGCACCACUCGAGCCCUAUCAAGUUUUGUGCAGAACCAUAAUGAAUGGUUUGAAGACACAACCGGGCGUUGGCUCUUCAACGACGCCCGUCGCCGUGAAGAGCGAAUACGCAUGUUUGAUGUGCACGAGUUGUGCAGGCUCGCAGCGGACUCCGUGGGCCGGCGUCCCAGCGACAUCAUCCGCUUCGAAAAGCUGGCCGAGGGCACUUCCAACCGCGUCUUCCGCAUCACCAUGGACGACAACUUCCAGAUGAUCGCCCGCAUCCCAUACCCCGUCGUCCACGCCAAGUACCUCGUCGUCGCAAGCGAAGUGGCGACGCUCUCGCUGCUCCGCUCAGCCGGGCUUCCUGUUCCCCAGGUUUACGGAUACUCGCCCACCGCGGACAACCCAACGCGCACAGAGUACAUCUUCAUGGAGUGUAUGCCUGGUACAGAUUUGGGCGACGUUUGGCACGACCUCGGGAAGAAGGAGAUCGCCUCUUUCAUGCGAGAGUUAGUGGACCUCGAGGCGAAGAUGAUGGCGCUCGAGUUCCCCGCAUGCGGGGGUGUGUACUUCUCCGAAGACCUCGCGAAUGCCCCCGGGCCCGCUGUCCGCGGUAUCAAAUUGAAGGAUCCCCGCUUCUGCAUCGGUCCAGAGUUGGACAUUUGUUUUUGGCAGGGUCGAAGAGCGGAGCUUAACGUUGAUCGAGGCCCAUAUGGCACCGUGGAAGCUGUUUUAACAGCCCCGGCCGAGAAGGAGCUCGCAUAUUUGCGUGACUACGGACGCCCGCUCCUACCACUGAACCGCUUCAAGCGAGAGUACUACGACUUCCAGCCUCAGCUGCCAUCGGACCACGCGAACAAUUUGCGUGCGUACCUCCGCUUGAUCCCUUUCCUGACCCCGCGCGACCCAGCGCUCGGCCGCUUUUGCCUCCGCCACCCGGAUCUCAGCCCGAGGAACAUCAUGGUCGUGUCGUCGCACGAUGAUGCCAGCAGGCCCACCGUGGUCGGCCUCAUAGACUGGCAGUACACAACCGUCCGGCCGCUGUUCCUCCAGUCCAGCGUCCCUCGUUCGUUCGACAACUCCGACGAUUCCGCCUCGAGGGAGAUGGUCCGGCCGAGGCUCCCGGACGACUUCGCCGACCUCGGGGAGAACGAACAAGAGGAAGCGCGGGAGCGCUACCGUCGCCGUCUCGUGCACUACUACUACGCGGGACACACGCAGGUCAGCAACGACGACCACACGGCGUCGCUGACGGAGCCUGGGAACGCGCUCCGCGGUAACCUGUUCUACCACGCUGGCCAGCCGUGGUGUGGGGAGCCGCACGAGCUCAAGGCGACUCUCGUCAGAGCGGCGGGGUGGUGGGACGUGUUCUCUGGACCCAGGGGCGCGCCGUGCCCCGUCGUCUUCGACGUGGACGACGUGGCGAGGACGACGAAAAGAAGCGCUGAGAUUCAGGAAGCGGACGGCCUUCGGGGGUCGGUUCGUACGAUGCUCGGGGCAGCGGGACCUGACACGGAUUGGAUGCCGGCGGAGAGGUACGAAGAGUCGAUGAAACGCGCGGUUGAGCUGAAGCAGCUCAUGCUGGAGGCCGCGGAGUCGGACGAGGACCGGGCGCGGAUCGAGGCUAACUGGUACUUUGGCGACUUUGACGAAGCUGAGUAUGAUUUGUAG